AUGAGUAUUUUCACAAAAGUAGAGAAAAUGAAUGUAGGUGAUGAUGAUAUUAUUUUCGAUGAAAACGAAGACCGUGCUGCAUUAGCAUUACCUGAAGCAUUAGAAACUUCAUCCUUCGUAGAUAAACCAAGUAAAAAUAAGUUACAGAGAAAUGUUUCCAAUAAAGCAUGGUUAAACUUGGUCGAAUAUAAAUCGUUUUUAAAAGAAUAUAAACCUGAUGGUACGACCCGACCAACUAUGUAUGUUUCUUCUGUCGAUUACUCAAGUACCUAA